GUGACGAGAAAAGCUCUAAACGUCGGAAAUCCUACUUGCCACCCGAGGGUAGCGGGAAGCAUUGCUGACGGAACCUACAAGCUGCCACUAAACGACCCGAAAAGAAAACGCACAAGCCCAAGCCGUGACGGGGUGAGGAUCACGCCCCACGCCGCCCUCACCGCCCCGUCCGCGGUUCUAAGGGCGGUGCCCUGGGCGCCGGCCCGCCUUGUCCCGCUGCUGCGCAAGAUGGCGGCGCGGCUACUCCGCCUGCGCGGCUUGUUGCCGGCCGUCGAUCUCCGUCUCUUCUCUGCCCAGGCCAGGUUUGGAAGUCUCCAGGACUGGGACACACCACCCCCGCCCCAAGCACCCUGUACUGCAGGCUGGACCCGACUGGGCCACACCCAGUGCCCAGUGUUCUGCAGUCCUCUGCAAACUGAACCACAUGGCACAAAGCGCUUGGAGCCAUCUUCUGCCAAAAGCUUGAUUGAUAUAGGCACUCGGAGGAUCUUCACAUCAGACCAUGAUAUCUUCAGGGAGAGUGCCAGGAAGUUCUUUCAGGAAGAAGUACUACCUUUUCAUGCAGAAUGGGAGAAGGAUGGCCAGGUGAGCAGGGAGCUCUGGGAAAAGGCUGGACAGCAGGGUUUGCUGGGUGUUGCUAUUGCUGAAAAACAUGGAGGCAUCGGAGCAGAUAUUCUCUCUUCAGCUGUGGUGUGGGAGGAGCAGAUGUACGUUAACUGUACAGGCCCUGGAUUCAGCCUCCAUUCAGAUAUAGUUAUGCCCUAUAUUGCAAACUAUGGCUCUGAAGAACAGAUUAAACACUUUAUCCCUCAAAUGAUUGCAGGCAAGUGUAUUGGAGCUAUUGCCAUGACAGAACCCGGGGCUGGCAGUGACUUGCAGGGGAUACGAACAUAUGCAAAAAAAGAUGGAAGUGACUGGAUUCUUAAUGGAAGUAAGGUGUUUAUCACUAAUGGUUGGAUGAGCGAUGUAGUGAUUGUAGUUGCAGUUACAAACCGGGAGGCCCGAUCCCCUGCUCAUGGGAUCAGCCUUUUUCUGGUGGAAAAUGGGACAAAAGGUUUCAUCAAAGGACGCAAGCUGAACAAGAUUGGCCUGAAAGCUCAAGACACAGCAGAACUGUUUUUUGAAGAUGUGCGGCUGCCAGCCAGUGCCUUGCUGGGAAAAGAGAACAAAGGUUUCUAUUAUCUGAUGGCAGAGCUCCCUCAGGAAAGACUGCUAAUUGCUGAUAUGGCUCUUGCCAGUUGUGAAUUCAUGUUUGAAGAAACAAGGAAUUAUGUGAAGCAAAGAAAAGCUUUUGGGAAGACGAUUGCACACCUGCAAACAGUACAGCACAAGUUGGCAGAAAUGAAAACACAGAUCUGUGUGGGUCGAGCUUUUAUGGACAACUGUUUGCAGCUGCAUGCAGAUAAACGUCUGGACUCCUCUACAGCUUCUAUGGCAAAGUAUUGGUCUUCUGAUCUCCAAAACAGCAUAGCAACUCAGUGUGUACAACUGCAUGGAGGAUGGGGGUACAUGUGGGAGUAUCCAAUUGCAAAAGCUUUUGUGGAUGCCCGUGUUCAGCCCAUCUAUGGUGGCACAAAUGAGAUAAUGAAAGAACUUAUUGCUAGAGACAUUGUCAGUGAGAAGUAAGGCAGAUGUAUACUACUUUGGACAGUCUUCUAGAAUCUCUCUAUGUUAAUAUGUGGCAUGAAGUUAGGUAUCAAAAUGUAAGUAAAAUAUAUGUGGUGUAUUCUUUCAAGGAAGUGACACUACUUGGAAAAGUGAUAGUAAUGACAGUGUGCUCAUAGGCAAGAUAUCUAAUAUUAGUACAUUUUUAAUUUAAAUGUCUUUGGGCAACACAGAGUAAUUAUCUGGGCUCCAAAAGUUCUGGUUGUGAAAGGCACUUUUGUGUCUGGAACUUUUUUGGUAGCUCUGUCUUUUAAACUUGAUGUUAUAUUGAAUGCAACCCUCAUUUUUUCAGAAACAAAUCUCCAGAGAAGUCAUGUUCUUUAAAAAUAGAAUUUAAAUGUUAGUGUAACUUUGAAUUUAUAUUUCCUCUUGACAAGUAUCACUGUGUCAAAGUAGAACUUCAAACUUCUGCUACCGUUACUGUGCACCUGCUUACUGCACAGGAGCCACAUGCUGUGGGGGAAGAAUGUACCACUGACUUUUAUUGUUUACAUGUAACCCUGAAUGCCUUAUUUUACUGACUUUGUUCAAAUAAAUAUCAUAAAGCAUUUCUAUGCAA